AACUUGUUGAGUUGUAAAUAAAUUAGGAAGUAAUGAGUUGUAAAUAAGAUUAGGAAAUCCCUUAAAUAGAGGAAUUAAGUUAGAUUAGGAAGUACCAAAUUUAGAAUCCCUUGAAUAGAGGGAUUAAACAAUUUUCCAGAUUUAGGAGUGAUUUAGUUUCCUAUUUUUCCUCUUGUAAUCUACUAUAUAAUACCAUGUAAUAUCAAUUCAAGAAUAAGAAGAAAAAUUCAGAAUUAUUUUUCUCAUAUUUCAUCACAUGGUAUCAGAGCUUAAGGUUUUUUGAGAUUUUCUCUUUUUCUCCUUCAAGCAGCCUUCAUUGCUGUCAUUUCUGAUUUUUUCUUCAAGCAGCCUUCAUUGUUGUCAUUCCUGAUUUUUCCCUUCUCUAAUUCCUGUUUGGGCAGCCUUAAUUGCUGUGUUUUUUUUGCUGCUGUCAUUCCUGAUUUUUUUUCCUUCUCUAAUUCCUGUUUGGGCAGCCUUAAUUGCUGUGUUUUUUUUCCAGCAUGUCAGCCUCUGAAAUUACUAUCUCUAGCAAGUCUAACCCAUCUGAAGAAUCUAAUUAUGUUCAGAAAAUUGGAGAUUUACAGAAUAUUCGGGCCUCCUAUAGGCUCAAUGGGAAGAACUACCUCAAAUGGUCUCAAUUUGGCCGCACAUACCUAAAGGGCAAAGGAAGACUUAACCAUCUUCUUGGAACAGGACCAGUAAAGGAUGACCCAAUGUUCGAAGCAUGGGAUGAGGAGGAUUCCAUGAUUAUGUCCUGGCUAUGGGAUUCCAUGGAUCCCAUGAUUAGCGACACAUGUAUGUUUUUUGCUACAGCAAAGGAGAUUUGGGACUUCAUUCGCCGCACAUAUUCGAAGGCCCGUGAUACUGCUCAAGUGUACGAUAUCAAGGUCAAAACUACAGCUACCAAGCAGGGAGACAAGUCUGUUACAGAGUAUGCAAACCUACUACAAAAUCUGUGGCAAGAACUCGAUCAUUACCGAGUUUUUGAGAUGAAAUGCCCUGAGGAUGCUGCUAUCUUGAAGAGCUUCAUUGAAAAAGACCGUGUCUAUGAUUUUUUGGCUGGAUUGAAUCCUGAAUUUGAUCAAGUUAGGUUACAAAUCCUUGGCAAGGAGGACACACCAUCUCUAGAAGAGACAAUUUCAUUGAUUCGAGCAGAAGAAAGCCGUAGGAGUGUUAUGCUUGAACCACAAACUAUGGAAGAGUCAGCCUUAGUAGCAAAAACAGAUCAUCAAGAGAAAGGAAAGAGUGAUUUGCCUAAAUACCCAGGGAGAGAAAACCAGUGGAAGGAGAACAAAGAUAAUCUCUGGUGCACCCAUUGCAAGAAACCAAGGCACACAAAAGAGAAAUGUUGGAAGUUGAAUGGUAAGCCACCAAGCCGAGAGUGGGGAAACCGUGGGGGGCAACAGAGGCCUCAAGCACACAUGGCAGAGCAGAAAAAAACCGAAGAAAAUUCUGCAACAGGGGGGUUCAACAGUGAAGAAAUUGAGAAGCUAAGAAGUUUGUUAGGGUCUCUUGAGAAGCCUUCUAGAGCUUGUUCUUUGGCUCUUUCAGGAUCAGGGCACGAGGAGGAGGAUUGGACUUGCUAAGGAAAGAAACGGCCUUUACUACCUUGAAUCAUCUCAAAUGGGUAGGAGUAAUUUGUCUUUGUCUUUUCUCAGUACCUCAAAUAAAGAUACCAUUUGGUUGUAU